CAGAGCGUCACGAUAUUCGGGGAGUACCUCACGACGCGGGAGAGGAGGGGAGGAAAAAACAAAAUGAGUGAAGCAGCAUGCAGUCCCAGGAGAGGCGCUAAGUGGAUCCGCCAACCCCCGAGGGUGCACUGUGAUGAUGUUGAAGGAGAUGAUGAUGACCGUGUGACUGGAGAGGCUGGCACACUACCACUGGAGAUGAUGUCCUGCCCCAUACAUGCCACUGUGCUUGAGUCUAAUAACUUUGAAGUUGAGAAUCACGUCCCAGACCAGCCAGCAUUCUUCAGUCACUCCGAUAUGUCCCAUGCUGACAGCUUGGAUGAAGAGCUCACUGUCGAGCAAACCAAGGAUUUAGGCAUUGUCGAAGCCAAUACUGCUGACCUGGACAAUGAUUUCACUAAAACAGCAACAGAAACUCCAUCGUCUUCGUCAUCCUCACCAGAGUCAGUUUGGGACACAGACUUCCACAAAAAGCACGUGACGGCAAUAAGCAGUGACAAAUUCGACAGCCUUCUGAAAAUGAGUCCGGAUUUCCACGGCUGCAAGAGCCACAUGGCAGCGUUUGUCCUCGUGAGAGAAGUGACGGACACAUCGGGACGUGCAUGCGAUCGCUACCAGGUGGUGGCAUUAGGAGCCGGCCGCUUCAGCUGCACAAGUUGGCUUUGCUUCAACGGGACCAUGCUGCACGACUGUCACGCCAUGGUUAUUGCCAAGCGGGCACUCCAGAGGUUCCUCUACAAACAGCUUCUGCUCUUCUUUGACACCGACCUUCAGGCCAAGGAGGCGUGCAUAUACGAGAGGAGCGCAGCCGGGCCGCAGCUUCAGCUCAAAGCCAAGACCAGCCUGCACCUCUAUACCAAUCAGUGUCCUGAAGGAUGCGCCAAGAACUUCAACUUGAGGGGCUACACCCACAACACUUUGACCUUUGUGAAGCUGCAGUAUCACGCCAAGAGUUUGCUGGUGCCUGCCGCCCACCUCGACCCGAGCCUCUGGGCGGCCAAAGUGUGCUGCAUGUCGGGCAGCGACAAACUGUGUCUGUGGACCUUGGUGGGCGUGCAGGGCGCUCUGCUGACUCACUUCAUCCAGCCGCUCUACAUCACAAGCACGGUGCUCGGAGGCGAGAAGCUGUAUGCUCGCCACUUGUCGGAUAUCGCCAACGAGUGUCUGGGCGACGGCCGGGAGGAAAUCUUGCCGCCGUUCUACAAGAAAUAUGACACAGUCUUUCUGUGCUGCGAAGACAUUGAGCCCAUCCAGGUGUCACCAGAGCACGACGUCCUCAGCAUCAACUGGUGCCUCGGAGACAAAGACAUCGAAGUAGUGGACAGCAGCAAAGGCUUCAUCGACCACAGUUCUCCCUGGAUGACCGGGCCCGGCUUCUCCAGCAGGCUGUGCAAGAGAGCGCUCUACAGUUGCUUCCAUCGAGCGGCUCAACUGGGCGGAGACCGCUACUUGCUGGAACUGCCCACCUAUCACAGCGUUAAGGUGGAAGCGGGCGUCUACCAGACCGUCAAGGAGCUGGUCAAGCAGCACUUCCUCAGCAUCCACGCCGGUCCGUGGAACGCCAAAAAGCUGGUGGACUGCUUUAGUGUCUGAACGGUUUCUCCUACACAUUUAGUUUGUUCUCUGUAGUUAGUCAUUCAAGUUCGGUUUUGUUGGGGGGAAGAAAAAAAAUCAGAAUUUUUUUUAUUUUUAUUUAUUCUUAAAUUAACAGUCUUAUGGUUAAAACGGCACUCAUGCAGUGCAUUGUAUGUGGUUAUAGUUUGGGAGAAAAUGGUUAAACCUCAAUAUAAAAGUGUUGUGACAACAUGCAA